GAGUGUCUGUCAGUGACUCAUUUUUUGCACUAAAAUCAUGAAGGUUGUACCAGAAAAGAAUGCCGUGCGAAUCCUUUGGGGCCGAGAACGUGGAACACAAGCUUUGGGAGCACAGCGUCUUUUGCAGGAGUUGGUUGAAGACAAAACCCGUUGGAUGAAAUGGGAAGGCAAGAAAGUUGAGUUGCCGGAUAGUCCACGCUCCACUUUUCUGCUAGCAUUCAGUCCAGACAGGACUCUCAUGGCAUCAACUCAUGUGAACCAUAAUAUUUACAUCACAGAGGUGAAAACGGGCAAGUGUGUUCACUCGCUAGUUGGACAUCGACGCACACCAUGGUGUGUAACUUUUCAUCCCACUAUCCCAGGGCUCAUUGCUUCAGGGUGCCUUGAUGGAGAGGUUAGAAUCUGGGAUUUGCAUGGUGGAAGUGAGAGCUGGUUUACAGAUAGCAACAAUGCCAUUGCAUCCUUGGCUUUUCAUCCAACGGCCCAACUUCUGCUAAUUGCAACAGCCAAUGAGAUUCACUUCUGGGACUGGAGUCGCCGGGAGCCUUUUGCGGUUGUGAAAACAGCUAGCGAAAUGGAGCGUGUCCGACUAGUACGAUUUGAUCCCCUUGGGCAUUAUUUACUCACAGCAAUUGUUAACCCUUCCAACCAGCAGAACGAUGAGGAGGUGGAAAUACCUGUGGAUAGUACAGAAAUACCACAUUAUCGUCAACGUUCCAUUCUCCAAUCUCAACCAGUGAGACGCACACCACUCCUUCAUAAUUUCCUGCAUAUGCUGUCAUCACGCUCUUCUGGUAUCCAGGUGGGAGAGCAAAACGCCAUGCAAGACUCUGCUACACCCUCCCCUCCUCCUCCUCCCCCGCCUCCUCCUCCCCCACCACCUCCCCCACCACCUCCCCCUCCUCCUCCUCCUCCACCACCACCACCUCCAGCUAGUGAAACCUCUAGAGCAUCUGCCUAUAAUGGCCUCAGUGAGCCUGUCAAUUACCCCUCAGUAAAAUGUUGCCAGCAUCUGGGGGUUUUGUGCCUUUGCAGGCGAUGUUCUAGUGCAAGACUUCCAUCUUCUCUCUUCCCAUCCCAGGACAACGCCCCUUCCACAUCCUCUGGGUCCACUGGCACUUCCUUUUCUUCUGUGCAAAUGGAACCUUACCAACCCCAGGAGCAGGCCUCUUCAACACAGCAGGAGCAGGGACUCCUUAAUCGACCAUCUGCUUUCAGCACUGUUCAGAGCAGUACUGCUGGCAACACCCUGCGCAACUUUAGCCUGGGCCCCACUCGUAGAUCCCUUACUGGGUCUUUGUCAGGCCAUCCGUCCAGGAUCCACCCAAGACAGAUGGCCUCAGGGUUGGAGGGUUCUGAGUGGACUCGAACAGUGUUAAAUAUGGGCCCUCGCUCUGAGCUGGAAGGUAUGCCUCCUCCUAGAACCAGUGCCUCUUCAGUGAGUUUGUUGUCGGUACUGAGACAGCAGGAAGGAAGUUCCCAAUCCUCUGUAUAUACUUCAGCUACAGAAGGGAGGGGUUUCCCAGCUCCUCCUGAAGCUGAAGCAGAAAGCACCAGUAGUACUGGCCCAAGCAAUCCAGCCAGCCUUCGCAAUGAGCUUCAGUGUGACUUGAGGCGGUUCUUCUUGGAAUAUGAUAGGCUUCAAGAACUAGAUCAGGGGAUAAGUGGUGAACCUAGUCAGUCACAUCAGGCCCAGGAAAUGCUUAAUAACAACAUUGAGCCUGAUAGGCCUGGUCCUUCUCAUCAACAGACCCCACAUAGCAGUGAAAACAAUUCCAAUUUGUCACGGGGGCAUCUGAACCGCUGUCGCGCCUGUCACAACCUGCUGACUUUUAACAAUGACACACUUCGCUGGGAAAGAAGCACACCCAGCUAUGCACCAGGGCAGUCCCAAAGCACAUUUGAGGGGGUGCCAUCCAGCAGUAGCCAGCUGCCACCUUCUGAGAGAAUGGAAAGCCGAACCUCUCCCUCUAGCAGGCUGCCCCUGAGAAGAUCUUCUAAUCCUCAAGAGGAAAGGACUGUGAGAGGGGUCUUUAAUCAAGAGACGGGGCACUGGGAAAGAAUUUACAGCCAAUCUGCUUCAAAUAGACCUGAGAAUGUAUCACAGGACGCCUUAAACCAGGAAAUGCCUGAGGAGAUUUCAGAAGAGGAUUCACUCAGGAGGUAA